AACAAAAACAAAAACAAUAACUAAGGUACACUAGCACGCGUGAAGUAAUUUUACUCUAGGUACUCAGAUUGUCGUCCCCAUGUACAUUACAGUCUGAAAAUAAGUUUAAAAAAAUCUAAUUUAUUGAUGGAUUUAAACCGGAUUUUAAUCCGUUUUUAAAACCGCGAGUACAGCAGCUUGAAUCAGAUGCUCAGACACUGUGGCGUUGCCUUGGUUACCCAGCUAGCCUAGCGUUGGAUUCAGCGUCCCUGUUGGUGAUCAGCUAGCUGGCUAGCUAUGGCGGAAGAAUUUCAGUAAUCAGGUCCUGGUUAGCUAGUUAAUGCUUAAACCUUUUAUUCAUUUAAGCGUUAAGUGUUUAUAGAAAGUGAGUUUGUAAUGAAGUCUUUUCAUCCCAGUUUGCCUGUUGAUCACCAAGUAAGAUGAGCCUGUGUCUGAGGUGAACCUGUACGAAGAAUGCAGUAUUGCUGCUGUGGACUGCACUGCUGUACAAGAUGAAGAAAAUCUUCCAUUUCACCAAAAGAAGAAAAGGUUCUCCAAGUGCGUCUGAGACCGCCAGUGUGCUCUCUGUCGGGUAUGACCUGAAGGAGAAAGACUUGGGCAAGGUGCACAAAGCUGCAUUCACAGGAGAUGUAGCUAAACUCAAGCAGCUCUCCAAAAAGAACGAUUUAAACCAGCUUGAUAAAGAGAACAGAACUGCACUACAUAUAGCAUGCGUUCAUGGACACACAGAAGUAGUUCAGUAUUUGGUGGAAAACAAAGUUAAACUCAACCUAUGUGACAAUCAAAACCGCUCCGCCUUAAUGAAGGCGGUGCAAUGCCAGCAGGAUCGCUGUGUGUCCAUCCUCCUUGAGCAUGAGGCAGAUCCCAACUUGGUGGAUAUCAAUGGGAACACAUCGUUGCACCUGGCUGCCCGCAUCCCCUCAGUACCUGUGGCGUUGAAGCUUCUCGAACAUGAGGCAAACAUCAAUGCCCAGAACAAGGAAGGCAAUACUCCCCUGAUGUUGUCAGUGGAAGAAAAUCAUGCAGAGAUGGCUGAAUUUUUGCUUAAGGAGGGGGCAGAUGUCAAUCUGCAGAACCAGGAGAGAAGAACCCCUUUACUGAUUGCUGCUUGCAAUGGACAAAUAAGUAUGGUGCGACUGCUGUUGCAGUACAAUGCUGAUAUCACUGUGAAGGAUAAUAAAGGAUGGUCAUCUGACGACUAUGCUGUGAUGAAUGGGCAUCAUGCUUGUUCCCAUCUGAUCAUUGAGCAUGGGACGAAGAGGAAGCCAUUGCAGUCACCCUCAAAUCUCGCCUUCAGUAAAAACAAGCAGACUUCACUCUUGGGCAGUCCUGAGUCUGGCUUUGCUCUUGGAGGUCCAGCUCUAGGCAAAGAUGGAGGAAGUGCAAAAGAAGGGAAAGAUACAGAGGACAAUUCCCAUGCAGAGUCUAUCAGUAGAGCAUCAAAAAGUGGCCCUGCCGAUUCCUGGCCCUCUACAGACGACGAUAAUGAUGACCAAGAGCUUGAUCUCGGUCCAAAGAAACCUCAAAAGCUAAACUUGAAGAAACUCAUGAGUGCCUCCAAACUCGAGGGGAAAAGAUUCACUGUCGAUAAGGAUCCAGAUAAAUCCUGGAGUGGAACUGAAUCCGAGCCUAUCAGCGAGGGCAAUGCAGUAGAGCACGUGGCUUUCCCUGGUAGCAGUUCCUUCACCCAGCUUCCUGUUACCCCUAAACCUCUAUCCUUUUCCAAUCUUCCCCAGAUGACCUCCACCCCCCUUAUCAGUUCCCAAAAGGAAAGAGAGGAAAAAUCAUCUUCAGAAGAUGAAUAUGAAGAAGAAGACAUGGUUGAAGAAUGUGAUGAAGUACAAAAUGAAAAAGCAGAGUUUGAUCAUCUACCAAAGGCAGAAAAGUCGAAAAGGGAUUUCUUGUCAGAGCUAGGAAUUGAAAAGGAAGACGAGGAAGAGGAUUCCCCAUGGGACUCAGAGUCUGGGUCAGAGAGUCCAAGCAAAAAGGAGCGGGAAAGUGGGCUGAACUCCCCAACCAAGUCACAUAAACCCAUGUCCAGUAUUCGUGAGGAGAGCAAUGACGCUCUGCAUUAUAUUCCAUCUUUCUUAAGAGGACCGAAGCACAGUAGUGUAUUCAGGAGUGUUGCUCAGCCUGGCCGUCAGAAGGCAGUGGUUGUAAGGACUAGUCAGGAAGAACACGAUAAGAGUGAUGAAGAGAAAUCAGAAAAGCAGCACAAACUGCUUCAUAGAGAACCAGUAGCAAUGAUGAAAAAGCUACUGGAGUCCAAAGAUGUUCAAAAUAAGACAGAUGUAAUGGAGGAACUUGGUUUAGGAGAUGUUGAUGAUCUUGAAGAAAAGCAACAAAUCCCAGCAGAUGCUUCAGACUGGGACUCAGCAAGUACCACCAGUAAAGCCAGUAAAAAUCUGCCAGGUUACAAACCCGAGGAAGAGUUAGUGAGCGAAACCCUAGUGCCUCUACCAGUCGUCCAACAGCAGGAACUACGCCCAUCUUAUACAGAACCACAGGGAGCUGCCACAACAAGAAAGGAAGAAAGAAAAGAAUCUUCCCUUCUAGGAAAUCGUCCACUGCCAAGUCCACGCUCGUUCAAAUCUCUGCCCCAAACCCAACCUCAAACACACAUUGACAAGGAGUCCAAUAAGAAACCAAUAAGUGAUGAAGACUCAGACUGGGACACAGACAACACCUCCGGUCCUACUAAGAUGGCCACACCAUUGCCAAACAAAAAAGUGUCACCUCCAGAGGAAGAUGAAGAGAGUGAUUAUAGCUCAGAGGCCAAUGAACAUCCAGGAGAGGAGAGAGAGACUUUAGGGGGACUUGAGGUAGAUCUAAGUAGUCCAUGUCAGCUUCCCCACACUGAAUCCCAGGCCCCUGAGGGUCAGGUAGAAGAGAAAGAAGAGGAUAACGAAAAUACAUCAUUCCAUGAGAAUACCUGGGAGCAACGCUAUGAGAAAAUCUGGGUGGAAAUUGAGAAAAAGGAAACAAAAUCCCAAUACAAAAACGUAGCUGCUGAGCUUAAAGAAAGAUUUGGGGAGAUCGAGCAGAAGGAGCGAAGAAAGAACAAAGAGACGAACGAAGAAGCCAAUGAAGAUGUAACAAAAGACUCGGUGAUUCCUCAGGUUGCAUCUGAGGAAGACUCCAGUGAGGAAGAGGAAGAAUUGAUAGUGCGACCCACUACACUGGCUAAGAUCGUUAGACUGCUGCCUAUUCCUGAGCAGAGGGAGUCUGGACAAGAGGAAUCCUACUCUGAGGAUCCUCCCAGUAAUGAUCUUGCCAAACACAAAGAUAUCCAGCAACAUUGCUUGGAGACUCUGAAUGAAACGGCUCAAGAAGCAGAAAGCAGCGCUUACGAAAGGCCUGGCUAUAGUACGGACUCUUUCUCUGUUAUAAGUGAAAAUAAAGAGACUGACACAGGAAUUCUCAAAACUCCAUUUGCUAUAAAUCAAGAAUCUUCUCAGGAAGCUGGGAUUAGUCUCCUGCAGUUAUUUGGGAAAGAAAAGGUUCUUCCCUCUAUAUCAGAUGCAGUCUCUUGCAACUCAGGUGAAAUGAUUGAGGAGGGCCUACAGGGGUCCAGAACUGAGAGUGGUGGGGAAAAGCCUGGUGUCAUGAAAGGAGAACCUACAUCCAGUGCCUUUUGUAACACUCAUGGCUCUGGUAAACAAGUAGACGUUGACCAAGGAAAAGGCAAGAAAGCAGACACCAACCCAGACAAGCCAAACCCUAAACAGGAAGGGACAUGUGAUAGCGGAUCUCAUCACAAGGAAGACGCGUUAAAGAAAAGGGAUCACAUUUCUCCAAAAUGGCCAACAAGAAGCCCAAGGAGGAGAACAACACAACUUGAUGAUGAGACGAAGAGCGCUAUGGGUAGCCAGGGGAACCUGCUACAUGUUCCUGCCCCAAAGCAGUCUAGAGAUCCAUGCCCUGUGAAUCAUCGUAAUGGAGGCCCCCUGUCUGUGUUUGAUGAUAGUACUUUAAGUGAGGUGUCAGAAGAUGAAGGAAGGUCUCCAUCUUCAUCGCAUAGGGCUGAGAAAAAGAACGAUGGAGAUUUGGAAAUGGCAGAUGACUUUGAAGACCUCACACAGUCUUCUGACACAGCUACUGAGGAGCUGGAGUCUGCUACAUCAGGGUACUAUAAUGCCUCUCUGCUCAUCAAGCAGCUGGACACCAGCUCUAUAGAUUCAGUGAGCAUGGUGAAGUUGCAAAACAUGUUCCAUGAAUAUGAGCGCACCAUCCAGAAGGACCGCAACAGAUACAAACGACUGGCUGAUAAGGUUUGUCAGCUGGAACAGGAGCGGAACGAGCUCAAACUCUUGCUGGAGGAGAGCAGAGAGAACAAGUCCAUCCUGGAGCACCUCCGGUUAGACCUAGAGACAGACCUCAACAACCUCAAGUUUUUGCUGAAGCAGGAACAGGAGAAGCACCAGAGUGCAUCUAUGCUGUAUGAGAAGACCCGGGAACAGCUGUUUAGGAAAGAGGAGCAGCACCGGGAGGAGGCAGAGGAGAGGGAGAAAGUGGAGCUCAAAAUGAGGAACCUGGAACUAGAAAUUAGGGCCCUAGUGAACAACAUGAAGCAGUUGGAGGAAGACAGGAAUGAAACCCAGCGUCUUUUGGCCCAUGAGAAAAAUGCUCGAGCUUUGCAGGAGGAUCUGCUGAGAAGUCACCUGCGCAAACAACAGGACAUUGAGGAGAAGAACGUCAGGAACCUCACCAAGAGCAAUGAGGCCACAUCCCCACUGACUGAAGCCACUGAGCAUGAGAGGGAGCUGCAGCAGCAGGUCUGCACUUUGCAGGAGGAGUUAAGUUCAGUGCGGGCUGAGCUUGAGCACAUUCGGUCCCUCAGCCAGCAAGAGGAGAGCAGAUUGGUUGAUGAGAGAGACGCACUGCGGGAGAGACUGGAGGAUGCUCGACGCGACCUAAAGCUAAAUGAUGAGACUCUAGCCCAGACUGUCUUCCAGUACAACGGGCAGAUGAGCACCCUGAAGUCAGAGUGCACACUGCUCAGCACCAAACUGGAGCAUGAGAGGCAGGCGAGGCAACAACUGGAGGCUGAGGCAGAGACCAGCAAAACCCGGCUCCAGGUAGCACUGCAGGAGACUGACAGGUGUCAGGCGGCACGUACAGAGACAGAGCGUACCCUGCAACGUGAGCGUGAACAACAUCAGCGAUCUGAAGAGAAGUGGACAUCGGAAUCCAGCUCGCAGCGUGACACCGUCCAGUCACUUUCUCAGAAGCUGAGUGAGGCUGAGGCUCGUGCUAACAGCCUGGAGAAUGAGUGGCACAGAGCCACUAUGAGUGUGGCUGAGAAGAGUGCUCUGCUGGAGACGGCAGCUCGCGAACGUGAACAGGCUCGUGCGCGACUUGAGGAGCUAGAGGGGAUGCUGCAGAGUGAGCGCGAUCGGGUGAGCCGUGCCACUGCCAGACAUGAUGCCAUGCAGGAGAGGCUGGCACAGGCACAGAGCGAGGGUGCCUUGCUUAGGCAGCAGUUGGAGGAGGCACAAAACAGAGGCACAGCCAAGGAGCAGGCUGUUACAAACGCACAGGAGUGCUUCACUCAAGCUCUCAACCAGCUGCGUGCCAACGGUGAGGAGAGAGUACAGCUGGUUGAAGAGAGGAGCAAGGAGCUGGCAACCAAAAAUGCAGAGCUCAGAGAACAAAACUACAGACUGGAGCAAGAGAAAGCUGAUAGAGAGAGUACUCUGAGGCAGCUUCAACAGGAGCUGGCCGACUCUCUAAAGAAGCUGGCCAUGUGUGAGGCAUCACUAGAGGUGAACACUCGGUACCGCAGCGACCUGGAGGAAGAGAAAGCACGCAAUCAGAAAGACAUAGACAGACUCAAGGGAAAGCUUCAGGAGAGUGAGGAGAACAACCUUCAGGUGGAAAGACGCAUUAACACUUUGAUGGGCACUUUGGAGGAGAAGGAGCGAGACCUCAUCAGCACUGGUCAGAAACUCCAGGAGGUGCUCGCUGCUACAUCACGUUCAGAGCAAACCACUAAACAGCUAGAGGAGGCAAUGCAGAGAUUGGAGAUUGAGAAUGCCAGACUAGAGGCAACAGUAAAACAACAGAAUAACCGCAUUGAAAUACUCCAGAAAGAAGCUCAGGAAGCCACUGCUCUGACCGAUUCUUCACCAGGAGGAGGGGUACGGAACCAGCUGGAGAAUUUAGUCACAAAUUUGCAAAGCAGCAAGAUGAAUCUAGAGGAUCAGCUCAAUCGAGAGGUACAGAAGCAGAGUAUGCUUUCUCACAAUGCCCAUGACUCUCAGGCCCUCUGGGAAGAGGAGCUGAAGAAUCGGACAAGGUUCGGUCUCCGACUGGCUGAACUGGAGAAAGAGAAAGGAGAGCUCAGCAAUCAGAUGGAGCUUGAAAAGAAGAAAGCCAAAAAGAUAGCAGAGCAGAAAAAGGCACUGGAUGCCCGACUGGACCAAGAGAUGAAGAGAAACACUGAACUUCAGAAAGAAAUGUACAGAUUGCGGACUCUGGUGAAAACUGCUAAGAAGAAGCUGCGGGAGCAGGAUGGAGGAGAGCUGGGUUCUCCUCUGGGCAGUCUGCGAGGAGAGCUGUCCUAUAGACAGAAUGAGACAGAGGGAGCCAUCAGCAGGAUGAAGAUAAAGGUGGAUGAGCUACAAGUGCAGUUGGAACGGGAGGCGUCACGCUGCUCUAAGCUGGAAAACACAAACCGGGAGCUGAAGGAGCAGCUCAGCUCUCUGAAGAGCCUGGGUCGCAGUCACGAGCGUCUGGAGCGCAGUAAGCAGCAACUGGAGGAGGAGGUGACAGGUCUACGCAGGAGGGUGGAGGCCGGGGUCAUGGACCAGAGCCAGGCCGAACAAUUCCGCAGGGAGACUGAGGAGAGAGCCAGACAGGAAAUCCGCCAUAAACUAGAUGAGAUCAACCUCUUCCUGCAGACACAGGCAGCGUCUCAGGAAGCUCUAGAGCAGAUGAAGGCUGCAAAUGAGGCAAGUCAGAGAGCUGAGCUGGAGCAGCGCAUUAAGGAGCUGGAGGCUGAACUGAACCGCACACACACCACCCAGCAGGAUUGUCUUGUGCAGAGAGAUUCCAGCCGCACCGAGCUCGAGCGGUACAAACAACUCUACACUGAUGAGCUGAGACUCCGGAAGAGCCUGGCUAGUAAGCUAGAGAGGUCUAACGAGCGGCUAGCGGAGGCCAACACGAAGCUACUGAGUGAGAGGCAGCACAGCAAGUCUCUCCUCAGCAGCAGUAUAAUUAACGGAAGUCUAGGAGGACCGGCGCUGGACGCACAUCCCUCUCUGGGCCGCCUGGGUUUGGGUCCAUCUCUGCUUAGCCCUGUGGGGGAACAACACACCAACCGUGUGGAGGCCUACCUGGCAAAGAUGCAGUCUGAACUGGAGAAAAACAUAUCAAAGGAGCUGGACUAUGGCACGAGCGAGCUAGAGGGUGCCUCUACCCGGAUGUCUCCUGUGGGUUCUGCUUGCGGAUCCCAGAAGAAUCUCAACUCAAAUCUGAUUGUGGAUCAUCAGGACCCACUGAGCAGAGCCACACAACAGUACCUGGAGGUUCUCAAAAAGAACUACAUGAUCUGAAACACUAGAAUAAGUCAGUGGGACCAAGUCCUUAGCACAAUAAAUAUGACUGAAAAAUGGUUUGUUAUAUUAUUUUUUUUAUAAAGUAAAUCGGAAUUGGGUGUGGAAAGAAAACCACUGUUAUCACUUCAUCUUAAUGGUUAUAAUAUUCUAGUGCUGUAAAAUUCCCUUUACAGCCUUUAAUGUACAACUUCUCCUGGUGGUACUGGGCUUGAAUAAUCUGUUGUGAAUCUUCAUUGAAGUAUUGCACUGGUACUGGUGUCAUUCGCUGCAAGAACUACCUUUGGUUCUGUGCAAACAUAAUGGAUUAAAGGUUGCAAAUAAGCUUUACUCACUUCAUGCAGGUAGACAUGAUGCAUUAUAUUGCCAAAAGUUUUGGGAAACCCCUCCAAAUCAUUGAAUUCGGAUGCAUAUGGAGUCGACCCACCCUUUGCAGCUAUAACAGCUUCAACUCUUCUGGGAAGGCUUUCCACAAGGUUUAGGAGUGUGUUUAUGGGAAUUUUUGACCAUUCCUCUAGAAGUGCAUGUGUGAGGUCAGGCACUGAUGUUGGACAAGAAGGCCUGGCUCACAGUCUUCACUCUAAUUCAUCCCAAAGGUGUUCUAUCGGGUUGAGGUCCGGACUCUGUCCACACCAAACUCACUCAUCCAUGUAUUUAUGGACCUUGCUUUGUGCACUGGUGUGCAGUCAUGUUGGAACAGGAAGGGGUCAUCCCCAAACUGUUCCCAAAGUUGGGAGCAUGAAAUUGUGCAAAAUGUCUUGGUAUACUGAAGCAUUAAGAGUUCCUUUCAUUGGAACAAAGGGGCCAAAGUUAACACCUGAAUUCAAUAAUUUCGAGGGGUGUCUCAAAACAUUUGACAAGUAGCGCAUGUCAGAGACUAGAGAAACAAAGAUGUAAGCCAGACAGGAAAAAGAGGGAUAUAAAUAAAGGACAGUUGUGUCUGCCACAAGCCUUCAGGAAAAAUUAUACAUAACACUAUUACAACAGCACAAAAAAAAUGGCCAAAGCCUAAACACUAACACUCCAAUAUUUUAUUUGUAUUACUAUUUUUUAUCUAUAAUGCAUUGACAAUGCACUUUGUACCUCAGAUACUCAGGAGAAAGAAAAACUUUUUAAAACGAUUAAGUGGCAGUGAAAGAGCUAGAGCUUUUAUGUAAUAAAUGGGUACGUGUAGAGUGCUGCUACAUUUUUAUGCCUGUUACAGCUUCAUGGUAUUUUGAAUGCACACUGAUAGCAGUUUAUAUUUGUACAUACUGUUUUGGAAGCAUUUUAGUACCAUGAAUAUUAUUGCCAAUUAAUCUUGACGGUAUGGUUUGUGCUCUAGUGCAAUAAAUUGGGUCGAUUUUUUUCUUAUUUCUGAGGAGAAAACAUUUGAUUGGUUUAUUUUAAUGGUUAAUGGUUCUUAUAGGGGCAGCAUGGUGGCUUAGUGGUUAGCACCAUUGCCUCACAUUCUAAAUUGCCCAUAGGAGUGAGUGUGUGUGGUUGUCUGUCUAUAUGUGUGGCCCUGUGAUGGACUGGUGACCUGUCCAGGGUGUACCCCUGCCUUUUGCCCAAUGUGUGCUGGGAUAGGCUCCAGCAGCCCCCCCGUGACCCUAAUUAGGAACAAAGCGGGUAUAGAAAAUGGAUGGAUCUUCUAUUUUGAGACAAAAUUAGAAUAUGACCUAGUGGCUCAUCAUUGUAGCACUGCAUCAUGCGGUUUUGUACGGUACAGCGGUUUAAUGUGGCGUGCUUUUUGUGUCCAUUUGAAGCAUUUCAGUAUUGCCAUGUUUUUAAAAACUGAAAAAUUAAAUGAAAUGGUCUGAAA